UUCCGUCCUCUUUAUAAAUGCUUGAACAUUCAACUACUGGACAUUCAUUUACUGAACUGCGCUAAGAAUGAACAGUUUAACACUUUGUGUAGUCACCUUAGCAACCAUUUCUAGUUGUCUGCAGCUUCCUUCUAGUUUCCAAAAAUGUGACAGAAGACGAACUGAUUUCAACCAGUGUUUAAGUAAAGCUAUCCAUGGUGCUAUUACGUCGUUAGAAAAACCACUAAAAUCCCAUGGUUUACCGAGUUUGUACGAUGUUGUGUUUCCACCCGAUGUGGUUGCCGAAUUUGGAAAUAGUACUUACGGUUUAAAACAAAAAUCUAGCAAUCUGAGGUUUACUGGUUUGUCAAACCCACAGGAUGUAGCGGCAAGAAUGGACUUUGGCCCGGUAACUAGUACUUUAACAAUAGAGGCUACGUAUUCUGAAAUCACGUGGUCCUCUGAAUGGAAAGCUGAAGGUACUGUGGUUCUUCUGCCUUUAAACGUCGUAACAUCGGUUGAGGUAGUUUUGGUUGAACCUGUAUUUACCUUGAAAUUCGACUUGCAAGAGUACGAAAGAGAUGGUACCUAUUUCAGAGUGGUUGGUACUGGAAUUGAUAUACAAACACGAGAUGUUACAUUUGAUUUUAAAAAGCUCUUCCCCAGUGAACGUUUGAAUCGUGAAUUUAAUUCAGCGAUGACCGAAAAGUGGUCUGAAAUAUUUGCGGGAUUUCAGCACAUGCUACAGAUGUAUACACCUUUCUUUGGCGCUAUGUUCGAUGGCUUUUUGGAGAAAGUACCAGUUGCUGAGCUUUUUGAUGGGUAAUUUUGUAUUUCAUGUAAUGUUUGAUUGGUAAUUCUUUUGACUUAAUAAUGCUUAUCGUUUUCUUGAAUUCGUAAUACCUAAUCAAUUUAUUAAGAGUUUUCUUUUUCUUUAGCUACACUUCCUUUAUAUAUAGGUAUUUUAUUCUAUGUACU